GUAGCUGGUCAUUUCUCUUCGAGGCAGCAAAUUAUGUAUGCUUCGCUCACGCUGCUGCUGCUCGCGGGCACCAGCGCCUGCUGGGCUUUGAUUCCCGUAGGAGAGACGCAAGGGGACUUCCAGCCUAGUACGUGGGCCGCUGCACCAGCUCCAGUCCCAAAGCAGCCGGAAGGGAGGUCAUUUGGCAAAGCGAGGCUGAAGCACGGAUAUGGCCACAAUAAGCCAUCGCACCAUAAAGUUGAUCUGGCCAUUGACCCUGAGAAAAUCAUCCUGAAAUGCAAAGUUCAGGAGCCGCUGGAGCACAUAAUCUGGAUUCGCUCCAAGUGCCCAAAUGACCACAUCGAUGGGGGUAUGGUAGUGGCCGAGGGGGCGACGGUGCUGGACAAAACGUUGUACGACGUGCGCAUCCUGGGUGGCAACUCGAGCAUCACCUCAGAGCUGCUACUAAAGAACCCGCUGGACCCAGCCGUCUCUGGCUUCUUCCGCUGCGAAGCUUGGCCCCACGGGGGCGGUGGACCCCCCUACGGACAAAACGUUGCCCAAGACGUUUACGUCAUCGGUGGGCCAGACAUGCUGCGGCGUUGCUUUGGUGGUUGGGAUGACUCGCCGUCACCUUCUCAUGGCUCAUACGACUCCUGGAACGUCAAGCACCGCAGCAGCAACAAUGCCGAGCCGGAAAUCACGCCGCCACCACUAGCUAAGCCAGCAGUGUCCGGCUACAGACCGAGCAGUGGCUAUUCGCACCACCAGAGUUUUUACUCCGCUCCCUCGUACAAAAGUGACAUGCGAACGUCAGAGAGUCACAAAGCCCAAGAAGUCGUCAGUAGAGUCAGCCAGCAGGCCCAACAUCACGAACAGCACCACCUUCAACAGCAGCACCAGGAUUGGCAGCAAAAGCAGACUGAGCAACCUCGUCAUCCUUCAUACGGUCGUCCAAUUUUGACAAACGCUGGAUUGAAAUACCCAGCAGCACAGUCUCAAUCAAGGGUAAAUACAGAGGAACCGAACCUGCCGACUGAGGAUCCAAGCACUGUGAAGCCCAGCACCACGUCAAUCGCGGCUCCUUCAUCCCUACCGCCCCGCACCUACAUCGCGGGACCGUUUAUUCCCAGUCCUGUUCUCAAAGAGCAUCAAAGCCAUAGCAUGACAGCAGAGGAACCCAGCGAGCAAGUCGUCGACGUAAAGACGGCACAGCAAAAUGCGACCAAGGACGAUCAUACUUGGAACAUUGAGCACCUCAUGAGCGGUGGUUACCCUUUCGGGCAAAAUAACCGAAGGGGAAAGGCGGUGGAGGCCAAAGUUGAGGAGAAACUGGUCAUUGUCACCCCUUUGCCACCAACCACUCAACUAUAGAUUAAGAUAUAUAUUGGAGCAAUGCCAAUAUAUCUAGACCAAAAAUAUUACAUUGCCUGUGUCGUUUGAUAAUUUAUUUAUAUAAUAAAAAUUAAUUUAUUUGAA